UUCAAAAAUUCACCGGUAGAGAGAGAAAGAGAGAGGAGAGAGAAUCCUCUGCAUCACUUUGUGUGUGUGUGUGUAUAUAUAUAUAUGCAAUCUCGCUUUUUCUUAGUGUUGAAACCGAACGAAGAGUAGCUACCACUCCACUCUUCCUGUUUUUCUCUGUGUUUACGUUAUUCGUCUCUCUGGAUCGGUUCUUCCGAGCAAUCGAAACGAAUCCGCCAUUGCUGUUGAAGCGAGCUUAUAGCAGGAAGAAUCAAUCGAGAGUGGUUUAGGAGGAGAACUGGAGAAGAUGGAGAGAAGCACUCCGGUGAGGAAACCACACACAUCGACGGCGGAUCUGCUGACGUGGCCGGAGAAUCAGCUGUUCGAGUCUCCCGCCGCCGCUCGCUCCGCCGUCCGGUCGAACCAGCCGUCGGAUGGGAUCAGUAAGGUGGUGUUUGGAGGGCAAGUGACAGAUGAAGAAGUGGAGAGCUUAAACAAGAGGAAGCCUUGUUCAAACUACAAAAUGAAGGAGAUCACUGGGAGUGGCAUUUUCUCAGUGUACCAAGAAGAAGAUGCAUCAGAGCCCGGAAGUGCCAACCUGACCGCAAACGGCAAAACAAGAACAUAUCAGCAUCCCCCGGCAGCUAUUGUAAGUCACAUAUCAUUCGGUGAGGAAGAGAUCGUCACCCCGAAGAAGCCAACUACGGUACCCGAAGUGGCGAAGCAGCGUGAGCUCAGUGGGACGCUGGAAAGCGAAUGGGAUGCUAAGCUGAAGAAACAGAUUUCGGAUGCUAAGUGCAAGGAGCUCAGUGGUCAUAACAUCUUUGCUCCUCCACCAGAGAUUCAAGCUCGGCCUACUGUUCGUGCUUUGGCAUACAAGGACAACUUCAACUUGGGAGAAUCUAAUGCCCAAACUAAUGCAGAAGAAAAUGUGCUGAAGACGGCGAAGAAGAUACCGGAGAGGAAAUUCUCCGACCUAUCUGGAAACAACAUUUUCAAGGGCGAUGUUCCUCAGGCAUCAGCUGAGACGCUUCUAAGCAAUGCAAAGUUGAAAGAGAUGACUGGAAGCGACAUAUUCGCCGAUGUGAAGGCUGAAUCUCGGGACUACUUUGGCGGCGUACGCAAGCCUCCGGGUGGCGAAAGCAGCAUUGCCCUUCUCUAAGAACCGAAAAAAGAAAACCAUUAUGUGUUUUUCAAUCUGGCGGAAAAUUAAUCUGCUCUUAUUAGGUUAUCCGUUUGUUCCUUUGUUACUGAUGAUGGGUUUCACUUUCAGAUGAAACUUCUGUGGCUAAUUUCGUGGGUGUGUUUUGUUUAUAUCGAAUGUUCCGGGGCUAAUAUGUGAAAUGAUAAAAGUUUGUGGGGUAUUUUGUUGAA